AUGGCCACGAGCAGCACCAGCGACCCCGCGGUUCUGGGCAACGGCAGCGUCUUGUCGAGCACCGUGGGCCCGGGCGUCGUGGCAGCCAACGACGGAGAGGUCGCUGUGCAGCAGCUCCCGUCCAAGGAAGCACCAAGAGCAAAAGCGAGUCCGAAUGGCUGCCUGCAACUCAACGGUACCAUCAAACCAUCUUUUCUGCCUCUAGUCAACCAAAGAACUCAGCAGAUGUUGCAAUGCUGCCACCCUUGCCCAUACCACCACCCUUUAAGUAGCCAUAAUAACAAGCAAGAAUGUCAUUCAGUGGUUGGCAGCUCAGCACCGUCUCCUGUGACUUCGUGCUGCCUGCAGCCACAUACUGAGUAUUCAGCAUCUAUUUGCCAAAAACACGCACCCAUCUAUCAGCCUGCGUGCUGUCUGCAGCCCUCGCCGUCCUUCUGCCUUCACCAUCAAUGGCCUGAUCAUUUUCAGCAUCAGCCUGUGCAGCAACAUAUAGCCAGGAUAAGACCAGCCAGACCGUUCAAAUUACCAAAAAGCUACGCCGCGCUCCUCGCCGACUGGCCCGUGGUGGUGCUGGGCAUGUGCACCGUGCUCAUCGUGGUGUGCGCCCUCGUGGGGAUCCUAGUGCCAGAGCUGCCCGACUUCUCCGACCCGCUGCUGGGUUUUGAACCAAGAGGGACAGCAAUAGGACAGAGAUUGGUCACAUGGAAUAACAUGGUGAAAAACACAGGGUACAAAGCAACACUGGCAAAUUAUCCUUUCAAGUAUGCAGAUGAGCAGGCUAAAAGUCAUCAGGAUGACAGAUGGUCAGAUGAUCACUACGAAAGAGAGAAGAGGCAAGCAGACUGGAACUUCCACAAAGAUACCUUUUUCUGCGAUAUUCCAAGUGACCGCUAUUCACGAGUGGUAUUUACUUCAACAGAGGGAGAGAAUUUGUGGAAUUUGAAUGCAAUUAAGUCAAUGUGCAAUGUAGAUAACUUGAGGAUCCGAUCCCAUUCCCAAUUUGGUGAUCUCUGCCAGAGAGCCACUGCUGCUUCGUGCUGUCCCAGCUGGACACUGGGCAAUUAUAUUGCCAUUUUAAACAACAGGUCAUCAUGUCAAAAAAUUGUAGAACGAGACGUGUCUCACACCCUAAAGCUGCUUCGCACCUGUGCCAAAUACUACUACAACGGGACGCUGGGCGCCGACUGCUGGGACAUGAAUGCCAAAAGGAAGGACCAGCUCAAGUGUACGAACGUGCCUCGCAAAUGUACCAAGUACAACGCUGUUUACCAGAUCCUCCACUAUCUAGUGGACAAGGAUUUCCUAAGCCCAAAGACAGCUGACUAUGUCCUACCAGCUUUAAAAUAUAGCAUGCUCUUCUCUCCGACCGAGAAAGGAGAGAGCAUGAUGAACAUUUACCUGGAUAACUUUGAGAACUGGAACUCUUCUGAUGGUGUGACAACCAUCACAGGGAUUGAGUUUGGAAUAAAACACAGUUUGUUUCAAGAUUACCUGUUGAUGGAUACUGUGUAUCCUGCCAUAGCCAUUGUAAUUGUUUUGUUAGUUAUGUGUGUGUACACGAAGUCAAUGUUUAUCACGCUAAUGACUAUGUUUGCAAUAAUUAGCUCCUUGAUCGUUUCUUAUUUUCUGUAUCGGGUAGUAUUUAAUUUUGAGUUUUUUCCAUUUAUGAAUCUCACUGCUUUAAUUAUUCUUGUUGGAAUUGGAGCAGAUGAUGCUUUUGUCUUAUGUGAUGUUUGGAACUACACGAAAUUUGAUAAACCUCAUGCAGGAACUUCUGAGACAGUAAGCAUCACAUUGCAGCAUGCUGCUCUUUCCAUGUUUGUCACCAGUUUUACCACCGCUGCUGCCUUCUACGCUAACUACGUCAGCAAUAUCACAGCAAUCAGAUGUUUUGGUGUUUAUGCUGGCACUGCCAUAUUGGUGAAUUAUGUUUUGAUGGUUACGUGGCUGCCUGCCGUAGUUGUAUUACAUGAACGAUAUCUUCUCAAUAUUUUCAGUUGCUUUAAAAAACCUCACCAGAGGGUCUUCAGCAACAAAAGCUGCUGGACAGUGUUGUGCCAAAUGUUCCACAAGGUUAUUUUUGCAGUCUCGGAAGCAUCCAGGAUAUUUUUUGAAAAGGUUUUGCCAUGCAUUGUUAUCAAAUUUCGAUACAUUUGGCUUUUCUGGUUCCUUGCCUUAACGAUAGGUGGAGCAUAUAUUGUGUGUGUGAAUCCAAAGAUGAAACUGCCGUCGUUGGAGCUCUCUGAGUUUCAGGUAUUUAGGUCUUCUCACCCAUUUGAACGCUAUGAUGCAGAAUACAAAAAGCUUUUUAUGUUUGAACGUGUUCACCAUGGAGAGGAACUCCACAUGCCAAUUACAGUAAUCUGGGGUGUCAUUCCUGAAGAUAACGGGGACCCUUUAAACCCUAAGAGUAAAGGAAAGUUACAGCUGGAUAACAGUUUUAAUAUUGCCAGCCCAGCUUCGCAGGUUUGGAUUUUACGUUUUUGUCAGAAGCUGAGAAAUCAAACAUUUUUUUAUCAGACUGACGAACAAGACUUCACAAGCUGCUUUAUUGAGACAUUUAAGCAAUGGAUGGAAAAUCAGGACUGCGAUGAGCCAUCUCUUUACCCUUGCUGCAGCCACUGGAGCUUUCCAUACAAGCAAGAAGUUUUUGAAUUAUGUAUCAAGAGAGCCAUUAUGGAGUUAGAAAGAAGCACAGGGUACCAUUUAGAUAGCAAAACUCCCGGGCCUCGCUUUGACCUAAAUGACACUAUCCGGGCAGUGGUAUUGGAGUUUCAAAGCACCUACCUCUUCACGCUUGCUUAUGAGAAAAUGCAUCAGUUCUACACAGAGGUUGACUCCUGGAUUUCACAUGAGCUCAGCUCUGCUCCCGAGGGCCUCAGCAACGGCUGGUUUGUGAGUAAUUUAGAAUUUUACGAUCUUCAGGACAGCCUGUCUGAUGGUACUCUGAUUGCCAUGGGGCUUUCAGUUGCUGUUGCAUUUAGUGUGAUGCUUCUUACAACCUGGAAUAUAAUUAUAAGCCUUUAUGCAAUUGUUUCAAUAGCUGGAACUAUUUUUGUCACAGUAGGCUCUCUGGUUCUUCUUGGAUGGGAGCUCAAUGUGUUAGAGUCCGUCACUAUUUCCGUGGCUGUCGGCUUAUCCGUAGACUUUGCCGUUCACUACGGCGUGGCGUAUCGCUUAGCCCCUGACCCCGACCGAGAGGGCAAAGUCAUCUUCUCGCUGAGCCGCAUGGGCUCUGCUAUCGCCAUGGCCGCGCUCACCACAUUCGUAGCGGGCGCCAUGAUGAUGCCGUCCACGGUGCUGGCCUACACGCAGCUCGGCACCUUCAUGAUGCUGAUCAUGUGCAUCAGCUGGGCCUUUGCCACCUUCUUCUUCCAGUGCAUGUGCCGCUGCCUCGGGCCGCAGGGCACGUGCGGGCAGAUCCCGCCGCUGAGAAAGGGGCCUAGCCGGCAGUGUGGCUGCCCCGACGCCUACAAGCAGCUGGCCGUGGCGUGGAGCCCGCACUCGUGUCAGCAGUUCAGCGAGGCCUUCUGCCCCCAGUGCUGCCCCGUCCCCGGCGCCGUGCGGCUCCCUGGCGCCGCGGCUCCUCUUGGCGCCUUGCCGCAGGCCCCAGAGGGCUGCCUGCCCCCGGGCCCGCACAGCCUCCCCUGCGGCUGCCUUCAAGGAAGGCUCAAAAGAACCACGGCGCAGAACUCCCUGCCUAAAAAUUUUUUCCUCCAGUCGGUGCAACAGUUUCAGGCACAUCAGCGAAUAAACAGGACAGAUUCUUGUGGUUGUCAAAACCCGGAGGAAAACGUAAGAACUCUUCCAGAGGUGAUGAGCUCCUCGCAGUUUCUCUGCCACAAUGUGGGGCCUCUAAUAGUGCAUUGCUCUGAAUGUGAGAACAGCAUAGCAAGCAGCCAGAAGAAAGACCAGGGGGAUGGAAAGGGUGGUACAGAAGUAAACGGGGUUGAAAGCAAGAAAGCCUCCACAUCAAAGCAGAAGAAGAAAGCUGAGAGCAAAACUGCUGAGCCUUCCCUGCAGGACGAGCUUGGUUUGAAGGCUGAGCGGCCCGAUCCAAAACGCCUGCUGAGCCGGGCAGGGAGAGACGCUCGCUGUGAGGGUUGCCAUGAAAGUUCACGCUGCUGUAGCAAGGCUGUAGCAGCGAAGUGCAAUUCUGUUGACUGUCAUAUGCCAAACAUCGAAGCCAAUGUGCCUCCUCUGUUAAUGCGCCCAGAGCUUUCCAAUGAAAGUUUGUUAAUAAAAACACUAUAAUAAAUCUUUAAUUUGGCAAUCUUGUGUCUUUCAUUUAAAAGUACAUUUAAAACACUAAAGAGUAAAGUCCUGAUUAAAUUACUUAUAAUUUGCAUUUUGGAAGGAAAAAUGUGUUUUAUAGAACAAUUAACAUCUAGACACUUCAUAAAGCCAUUACGUGCAGUGAAACCUGAUACUGUCCAGAAUGGUUUUUGCUGUAACUCAGAAGAUAGAUUAUGCUUUACUUUUUGCUCCAGGGCACUUGAGUUUGA